CGCGCGAAGUGGCUUGCAUCGUGGUGCGUGGCGCGAGCCGGGCGGCUCUCCCCUCCCCCCCCCCCCCCUCGCUCCCCGCUUUUCCUACCGCCCUGCUGCCCCCUCGAGGCCGCGGCCAGACUGCGACCUCCUCUCUCUCCCCCCCCCUCGUGUGUGCAGGUGCCCACAGGGCUCGCCCUCGUCGCUCCGGAGGGACCGCUCACGCCGCCUGGGCCGGGCGCCCCGCCGCCCACCCCGGCGGAGCAGAACACGUCGCUCGCAUACGCCGUCUCGAUGAGGGAGGAGGAGUCGGAGGACGGCGAGGGCAGGCUGGUCGCGGUGGUGGAGCCCACCUUCGCAAUGUACGCAGCGGCGCCGAGUCCCGAGGGCACGGUGCGCAUCAACGGCGCGGAGGUGACCGAGUCGCCGCAAGGGACGGUGCGGGUCAAGGGGCCGCCGCCCGCGAUGCAGCGAGGCGCGCUGCAGAUGGCCGCCUUGCGAGCCGCCUUUGCGAUGGGGCAGGACCUGCCCGAGGACGCGGCUCCGCCCUCGGAGGACCCUUCUGAGGAGUCCUCUGGCUCCUCCUCUCUCAUGCUCCAUGCACAUGGUCAUGCUCAUGGUUCAUAGACCAUGGUCCAAAAGGAACGUGUCACAUAUUUCUGGCUGAGUCCACGGUCAGGGUGCCGAGCUAUUGUGUAAACGCUCCGUAGAG